CUUAGCGAACCUCAUAUGGCUGGAGUAGGAGUAAUGGCGUCACGCUUGCAAUGGGUCCCAGAAUCUCUCUACAACUCUGCUGUUUCGACUCUUGUCAAUAACUACUCGAAUUUCCAAAGAGAUCUGCGAUAUUUACCGGAAAAUAUCGCAUUCGACAUUUUCUACCAACUGUACAAACAAAACAGACUAUGUUUGCUGGGAUGCGAGUUCUCGGACUUGGACGUCUUUGCCAAGAUACUGAAAGCGAAAGACAAACGGCAUUUACUGCACCACUGUUUCCAAGCAGUGAUGGACCACGGAGCACAGACAGCCCGCAUGCUGGCGGAUGCUUAUCAACGACGUUGUUACACAGCUGCGCCGGCUCAGGCUCAGCCAUUCGAAAGCUUAAUCAAUCUUGGCCUUUCACUAGGGAAUUUCCUAAGUGAUGCCGGCUGGUUCCGCGAAAGCGAGCGAAUGCUCCUCCGUUGCCUUACGUUGUGUCGUCAAAUAAACGACUAUCCACACUGGGUUUCUGGACUGGAAUGUUGCAUGCGGUUGCUGCACGUACAGCACUCUUACUGCAAGUUUGCGGAGGCUGCGGAGACCCUGGAAGAAACAAAGCUAUAUAUCGUCAAGCUAACAAAUGUGGGACACUCUCUCAAUCUAGCAGGCCUCUACUCUGAAUUUUCAGCCUUGUAUUCCUGUCGGAGCCAGUACAAGGAGGCAUAUGACUGGGCCAUGCAAGCAGUGCGACACCUUAAUUCCAAUGCUCACCCCAAGUCUGUGAUUGAUGUCCUUAGACAAGCAUCAAAGGCGUGCGUUGUGAAACGAGAGUUCAAGCAAGCAGAGUUGCUGAUAAAGCAAGCCCUGCAUAUGGCAUGGGAGCACUUUGGAAGGGAACAUCCUAAGACAGCAGAUACCCUUCUCGACUACGGUUUUUACUUACUGAAUACGGACUCGGUCAGUUCAUCUGUCCGCGUGUACAGGAAGGUGCUGGAUAUUCGCCAAAAUGUGCACGGUGGAAAGAACCUGCACGUGGCCAUUGCACACGAAGAUCUCGCAUAUUCAUCCUACGUCCUGGAGUAUCGAUCCGGAAGGUUCCAGAAUGCAAGGGACCACGCGGAAACUGCUAUGGCCAUCAUGACAUGUCUGCUUCCUGAGGACCACCUUCUACUGGCAUCUGCUAAGAGAGUCAAAGCGUUGAUUCUUGAAGAGAUAGCAAUCGACAACACUGACAAAGAAACUGAACAAAGGCUGCUUCAGGAAGCACUAGAGUUGCACACGUCUGCAUUAAGAUUGUCGUGCCAAGCAUUUGGAGACAUGAAUGUGCAGACUGCAAAGCACUACGGAAACCUCGGUCGCCUCUACCAGUCAAUGAGACAUUUUAAGGAAGCGGAGGAUAUGCAUUUAAAGGCCAUACACAUCAAGGAGAAACUGCUAGGACCCGAAGAUUACGAAGUGGCACUUUCGGUGGGCCAUCUUGCAUCGCUCUAUAACUACGACAUGAAGCUGUACGAGCAAGCAGAGAAGCUCUACCUUCGGUCCAUCGCUAUAGGCACAAAGCUUUUCGGUGAGGCAUACAGCGGCCUGGAGUACGACUACAGGGGCCUGCUGCGAGUCUCCCUGGAAAUGACAAAGCCCGACCAGGUCUUGCGCUACACUCGUAUCCUCGAAGAGUGGCGCCACCUUCGCCAGAGAAGCAUGAGGGAAGGUCGUGACUGUUCGCCAUUCACUUUCUACGUCUGCAGAGUUCCCCCGGAAGAAAUGUACAACUACAUCACAAAUUUACGGUAGGCAGCACGUGCCUUGGAUGGGACGGGUGAAGCUAACACGGUGAAAGACACGAUGAAAGCAGGAAGUAUGUACAAUAGCAGACGUACAGUUCACCACUUUCAGUGCGUGGUGUGUAGUCUGCUACGUUACCGGCCUUUUGCAAUAUGUUCAGGACUGAUUAAUUACAGCUGAUGUGGUUACAUAAGUUAUCCAUACGGCACGUGCGCGCUUCCCACCGGACGUCACUAACAGUACUGCGUUUGAAUACGAGGCGGGAAUGUGUUCCGUGCUGUUGUUUACAAAUUCCUCGAACCGUUUCGCCCAAGUAUUUCCUGUCAACUUCCUACGCGUGCACUCACACAUCUUCUGAGUGUAAUAUAAAUAGGGCCUGACUUUUUCGGGUUUUAUUUUUGGCCAAAUUCGGGGGGGUAAAUAUCGGGUGAUAUUUUUCAUUCGAAAAUUCGGGUGUAUUCGGGUUAAAUCCCGUUACGGCAUAUUCUGUCGUCAGGAAUUCGGGUGAUUUUUUUUUGUUUAAUAAAAAUUUGUCUUCGGGUAGAUUCGGGUUAAACCCAAAUUUCACAGAUUUCAUUCGGGGGGUAAAUAUCGGGCGGAUACGGGUUUAACCCUAAAAAGUCAGGCCCUAAAUAUAAAACGUUUUCGUAAAGUGUAAGUGCAGGCUUAGAGUGUUUACAGAGAAAUUAACAGCUUAACAGACUUAUCCUCUGCACCGUCUUUGCACCACACGAUAAAAGCAAUGAUCAAGCUCUUAUAUUGUACAUACAUUGUCCCUUCGUUAAAAGCGGCAGCUGCUUCUGAUUGGUAGUGCUUCGGCCAUUAAUAAUCAGCUUUAUGUUACGUCGUUAGUACCCAGAAGCAGCUGGAUGUGGUGUGGUGCGGUGCAGUGGGUCUUUGAUUUAAGUUUCCGUUUGUUACUGUCUGUGGGAGAUUGUGCGUUUGCUACUUUGCAGUGUGUGAGGCACGCUUGAAGAGGACACGUGUGACGCAUUGUAUAUAGAGCUAUGAGUUUCAAGCUUUCAGCUUUCCAAGGACAUUUCCUGCAUCAGUCUUGCUGGAUCUGGUGUUCAAAAUAAUGUUUCACGAAGGGUAGAAAUAGCGCCGUCAAUUUUGCAAGUCUCGCAUGCAUACGUCAUGGACUCCAGUAUGUGUUACCUACAGAUCAAUGUGUAUAAACUAAGUUGCCUCCAUAUUUAUGUUAUCAAAUUAUGAGUGUGCCCAUGUUUUGUUACAAAUGUUGGCAUGUGUGUUUGGGGUGUAUGGAAUAAAUAGCUUUCACUCUCUUU